GUUACCUAGCAACGGCGAACGCUGAGAUCGGCGAUGGAAGCUGGCCUGUGAGCGCUGAUCAGGCCCCGAAGCUAGCAGGGCAAAGACGAAUAACUUAUCAUGGAUGACGAUGACCUGGAUGAGCUGCUGGAUGAAGUGGAAAACAAGUUCUGUAGUAAAGCUUCUGCAGCGUCUUCCGGUCUAAAACGUAACAAAGACGAAAAUAAACAGGAAGGUUGGAGUGCUGCAAAAUGUGAGCCACAUAAAAGCAGUGUUUCUGAGGAUAUUGAUGACCUACUGGAAGAAUUACUGGAGGAUGAAUACAACAGUUCUCCUCAGUCAAAGGGUGAACAGUUUUCUAAAAGAGAACAAGCAGAGAAGAAACUCUCGUCACAGUCUGCUGGAAGAAAGUGCUGUCCUGUUUUCAUCGGUGGGAGCUCAGUAACAAACGGUGUUGGAACAGCCACUUCCAAAAGGUCAUGUGACCAGCUGAGGUGCAUCUCCUGUGACUUCCGGGUGUUGAUGUUUGACGAUUCUGAAUGGGACGCAUCAUGUGACUACCUGUUCCUCAGGAACAACGUGCCGGACCGCCAGAAGCUCCGAGCCAAACUGAAGAAGAGGAAGGGUUUGCGGGCUUACGCCUGCCAGUGCACCUGGCUCUCCAGCUCAGAGACGACGGACCUCAGAGACCAGCCUCAGCUCAGAUGGGUCUGUGGCAAACAUCUGGACUGAUGCUCACAGCUGGGAAACAUGGCGCUCACACAGCAUGGACCACAAACGGUAGCUGGUAGUUUCUCAGACACAUCGAUAAGACAUCUAAAAAACCUGAUGAUGAAACUAAAACUUAUUAGUUUGAGUAAUAAUGAGUUUGAGGUGAAAACAGAAAUGUGUUUUGGAUGGUGGAGUAAAUCCAAACUGAUAAAACCGGCAGCAUAAAUGAACCUUGGAGACAGUUUUGUUUCACUUCACUGAGUGAAGUGAAACAAUCAAAGGAGAUCUAAAAAUAUGUUUUAAAACAUUUAGGAACUGUUUGUUGGGCUCCUCAAUGGUCCCAAUAUUGUUCUUUGUCGAACCUUUUGAUCUUUAAUGUUCAGUAACAGUUCCUUAAUGCUAAGUGCAUAACAGAAAUGCACUGAUGUGGAAAUUUGACCCGAUAUUAAUAUCUGAUCUGAACAGGGUUUGUAAAAUCAUAUAAUAAUAUUGCUCUAUCAUAAUAUUUUUAAAUAUUUUAAAAAUAUUUUGAAGUAAUUGAUGUAGAAAAUCUGUUGAGAUGUGGAAUAUUUUUUAAUAUUUGAGCUCAUUUUUAUGUUUAAAACCAGAAACUAUGAGAUAAAUGUUUAUUGUAAUUCAGUUUGUGUUCAUUUUUGUGUGUUUUUUUUUGUUUGUUUUUUACAUCAUAGAAUAUACAUUUUAUCUUCUUCUUUCCUCCUGUUUCAUCAGUGGAAUCCCAUUCUGAGUUUACUUCAUCUCAAACAUAAACUGAUUGUGACCAAUUUUUACUAUUUUCUUUCUAGCUUCUGUCAGCCUGUGUGUCUCCUUAAUUGUUAAAUGCUUCAUUAUUCUGUCUCUUACUUAUUACUGUACUGAGCAUGCUCGGUGCAGUUUUUGUCCCAAAAUUAAAAACAGUGUUACCUCUGUAGUGAGAGGGAGCUAGAAUAUUAAAUGUGCAACCAUGAAAACAAUAAAAAGGAGGUUCACACCAAACAAUCUUCAAAUAAGUCGACAUGCAGAUGAAUUUUUAAAUCUAAGUAAAAACUUUUUAAAAAAUGAAUAGUGUUUUAGUUUAUUUCUGCUUUUAAGCAUCUUCUCAAGUUUCCUUCCCUUAAUUAAUCCUUUAUUAGUUGUAAUAAUGUUUGAUAAUUAAAUAUGAAUGUCUUAAUUUUCACAUAAAACAUCAUGACUGAUUUGUUAGUGUUGCCUGCAUGUUUAAUCAGUGACCUGAUGUUUUUAUGGCAUCAAUAUUUAAUCAUAAUUUAGAAAGAGUACUGCACCCAGAGAAAGAGUUAACCAUCCUGUUAAUGAUUAUAAUCAUUUCUCUGAUUAUAAUCAGACUCGAAGGCCUGUUUUUAAAACUGAGAACGGUCUGAUGAAAUGUUAUUUCCUAAGUCAAAUCACAUUUCAGUGUGAUUACAUUUUGACGAUAAAUAUUGUCUCUCGUUGGAGUAAUGGAGAUAUUGAGUUUGCAAAGCAGUUUGUGGAAAGAAGCAUUCUAGACUAAACAAACUCAAUCCAGCUUGAGAUAAGCUCAAAUGAGAACCAAAGGAUUUAUACAAGCUGAGAAAAUACUUUUACACCACCCGAAACUGAAAAACUUUUAAUAUUAUAGAUCGAAAAAUGAGAUAUGUUGCUAAGCUCAGCUUCCAUUAGACUGAAACAAAACCUCAGAAUUAAGAGGUUGAACUCAUGAACCAUGCUGAACAUUUAGUUUCUGUUUCUGUCACUCUGCAGAGGAAAUGUCAG